AUGUCGGCGGACUGCCACCCAGAACGGUUUGAGCGGGUUACCGUCUACGUGGACAUUGCAGUUGCAGCGAACGCACCGGAGGAGGGGCGAGGGGACGUGGAGGAGGCGGCGGUGCUGCUGGAAUUGAUACAAGCUUCCGCUGCAGCGGUUACUCGCCAGCUUGUUGUCGUUGAUAGCAGCAGUCUUGCCUCUGCCGAAGAGGAGGCAAGGUCUUCUCUGUCACCGGAGGCGGAUACCAACACCGCCUCUGGGGCCGCGUCGUUGAGUACGUCCACCACACUGCAGCUGCUGCGUUACUGGCAGGCAGAAGAGGCAGAUGUGUACACGCGCGAUGUCAACAACACCGUUCCCUUCAUGCGGGCCUGGGAGUGCUUGAUCACAUCCAAGAACACACGAGAUGGCGCCGUGACAUACGCGUUGCAUCGUCGACAGAUGCCGGUGCUGUCGCUAGCGCUAGCGCAGGCCAGCACGUCCACGAGGACACCAAAGAGCGCUGUGGAGGAGCUGCUUUACACGUGUGUGCCAAGCGGUGCCACGCGAGAGGACAAAAGGGAUGCCAUCGUUCGCUUCUUCACGUUUCCGCCUGAGUUGGGCGCUUACGUUGUGGCGCCGCCCGUGAGUGCCGCAGACGAAGCAAAGCCUCGCCGCUACUCCGAGGAUGGCCCUGCGAGUGCUUCUACGGCUGCGGCGGCGGUAGUGGUGAACAAGGACGGUUAUCCGGUGCGCCUGCCGUGGACCUCGUCUCUGCUCCCGCCACCACCUACGCGCUUUGCCGGUGUCUUGCGAGAAUUGUGCUUGGCGGACAGUGCGCAGAUGGAGAUGCUGCGGCGGCGCAAUCCACUUCUCCCGGGUGUCCUGACUGCCUUUCAUCGCUACGGAAAUCGGGGCCUGCUGCGCAGUGCUCUGCAACGCGGGUACCGUGUCGAGGUAGCGGAGACGGCAGAGAGCGAUGAGGACGCCGUGUCGGCAGAGGACUGGGUGUGCCGGUUUGUGGAUCCGUCCCCCACCAACGGUGACGAAGUGGACUCACACAGGAGACAGGCAGGUGCCGCAGCCACCUUGAGGAACUUUGAGUCGACAUGGCUAGACUUACCGCUGCCGAAGACCCAGUCGUAA